AGCAGCGCUGGAGCGUCCCAGCGGUGAGGUGGCCACGUGCAGGACUUGGGGCGCCAGCCUGGGGGCACUGGUAGAAACGGAGGCUGCCAGGGAAAGCCCUCCCAGCUCAGCAGGAGGGGGCUGACUGGGGGAGGGACGGCGGUUUAGGACCUCGGGGGCCACGUGACCCUCCCCCAGGAAUGCGGUGACGUCACAGGGGGCGUGGCUGUCCCCAAAAUUGGGGAGGAAGGGGAAAAAAAAGCCUGAAAAAGUUUCUUUCCUGGAGUCCCAAACGAGGUGUGGGUCGGAAGCCCAGGGAUCAAGAGCAGAAGCUUGGAACUACACAAGGCCCGAUCGCUGUCUGGAGUCCCCUGUUCCAGGUCAUGUCGGGGCCCACCUGGCUACCCCCAAAGCAGCUAGAGGCUGCCAGAGCCCCUCAGGGGAGAGCGCUCCCCCGAGGCGCCCCGGGGCCGCCGCCAGCCCACGGAGCAGCACUUCAGCCCCACCCCAGGGUCAAUUUUUGCCCCCUCCCAUCUGAGCAGUGUUACCAGGCCCCGGGGGGACCGGAUGAUCAGGGGCUGGCCUGGGUGGGGUGCCACGGAGCACCCCAGCGCUCACAGGGGCUCCCCCAAGACAGGGGGGCCUUGCGCCCAGGAAGUCUGGAUGCUGAGAUAGAUUCGCUGACCAGUAUGCUGGCUGAGCUGGAUGGAGGUCGUGGUCAUGCCCCACGGCGGUCAGACCGGCAGGCUUAUGAGCCCCCUCAGCCCCAUGCCUACCGCAUGGGCUCAGGCUCCCUGAAGCCGAAUGGAGGGGGUGUUCCGAUUCCUCCCCAACAGCUCUCCGUAUCCCCCUAUGGAGGUCCCACUCCGGCCUCCUAUGCCACAGCCAGCACCCCUGCCGGCCCUGCCUUCCCCGUGCAAGUGAAGGUGGCACAACCAGUGAGAGGCUGUGGCCCCCCAAGGCGGGGGGCCUCUCAUCAGGCCUCUGGAGCCCUCCCGGGCCCCCACUUCCCUCUCCCAGGCCGAGGUGAAGUCUGGGGGGCUGGCUAUAGGAGCCACCGUGAGCCAGGGCCAGGCAGUAAAGAGGAGGCUGUAGGAGGAAGAGGAGGCGGGUAUGGACCCCAGGUCCCCCUGAGCCAGCCUCCUGAGGAGGAGCUUGAGAGACUGACCAAGAAGCUGGUGCACGACAUGAACCACCCUCCCACCGGGGAGUACUUUGGGCGGUGUGGCGGCUGUGGAGAAGAUGUGGUUGGGGAUGGGGCUGGAGUUGUGGCCCUGGACCGUGUCUUUCAUGUCGGCUGCUUUGUGUGUUACACGUGCCGGGCCCAGCUUCGAGGCCAGCACUUCUAUGCUGUGGAGAGGAGGGCGUACUGUGAGAGCUGCUAUGUGGCCACCCUGGAGAAGUGCUCCACAUGCUCCCAGCCCAUCCUAGACCGGAUCCUACGGGCAAUGGGGAAGGCCUACCAUCCUAGCUGUUUCACCUGUGUGGUGUGCCACCGUGGCCUGGAUGGCAUCCCUUUCACGGUGGAUGCCACCAGCCAGAUCCACUGCAUUGAGGACUUCCACAGGAAGUUUGCCCCACGAUGCUCAGUGUGUGGUGGGGCCAUCAUGCCUGAGCCAGGGCAGGAGGAGACUGUACGAAUCGUUGCUCUGGAUCGCAGUUUUCACGUUGGCUGUUAUAAGUGCGAGGAGUGUGGGCUGCUGCUCUCUUCCGAGGGUGAGUGUCAGGGCUGUUACCCGCUGGAUGGGCACAUCUUGUGCAAGGCCUGCAGUGCCUGGCGCAUCCAGGAGCUCUCAGCCACCGUCACCACUGACUGCUGAGUCUCCCCAGAAGCACCUGUUGCAUUCUCCCACCCUCCCUGACAUCUACCUUUACAACUUUGUCACCAAACGCGGUCUCCUCUUCUUCCAAUCAUGAAAUAACAACCCCUCAAGAGUUUCUAAAA